ACAGUAGCAUGCUCAACGAAAUCGCAAUAUAAUGAGAGAGCCAAGUUAUAUUGUAUGGAAAUACGGCUGCUUUUCAAUUCAUACGAUAAAGCCACUCGCGUCAUUGUUACACUUCCGCAAGGAAUCGUACGCAACGAGAAGCCGGGUAGCCGCGGUGGUCGGCGGCCGUCAUUGAUCUCCUGUUAGAAUCGGAUCACUUCGAUGUAACAAGAUAAAUAGUCAGCAGGACACCGUCGGUGGUCGAGGGUGCGGAUCGCGAAGUCAUGCUGACUAUGUAUCUGAUCAAGAGAACCGAGUACGCGCACGCUUGUCCGAUCUUGGGCGUACUUAACGUGUACACCGUGAAGGUUCUCUGAUCGCGCAAACAAGCCGAUGGGACACUUUCCGAUUUCGUUUACAUGGGAUGAAGUCGUCGGUCCAUUCUCGCGCACGGAGCUGAGCCGAUUAAAUAUCACUGGAAAGGAACGUUUUCUUCUCUCAACUUGAACUCCGACUGCUGCAAUUCGGGAUUCGUGAAGGUCAAUGGACCCGCGAUACGAGUUAAGCUCGUUGUCGAUGACGGUCGCGGAUGCUCGCCGAAGCAGGUAGCACGUUAGCGACAAAAUGAUUCGAGAAAAACGAGUCCGGGCGAUAAAUCAGGAGUAUGGCAUUCCUAAGAUAGCGCGCUAUACGCUGAAAGUCAUUACGAUGGCAAAGUAAUUCCCAACUAAAGAAUGACGUAUCGAAGAUAUAGAUGGACUCCAACGAAAUGCACGUAUUCAUUGCUCGACUGUUUCAACAGUUUUGUGUUAUCGUGUUUUUUUUCUUCGACAUUUUACGAUCUUCCUAGCGACGCAUAUACUCCAUAAAAAACAUGGAGGUUAAGAGUUUCGCUAUUAGCGAUUAUUCUCGACAGAAUGACAUAUUCGAAACGAAAGAGCUGGAGAUUAUCAAUCGCUGCGAGUCUUCUAAAACCUGUCACGAAGUUCUUCCAAUUAAAAUAAAGACCGAGGUCCUGGAUGAGAUCGAAAAUUUUUCGUCCGGUGACGAGUUGGACAUCGGACGGCAUGUCAGGAACGAACCAUCGGCCGAAAUAUCGCGCCAUGAAAAUUCUGAAAAGAACCCAGAAUCGGACUGUCGAAGAAAUGCAAGCGUGUCACUUUCUCAAAGACAAGUGGAGUACAUUGACUUAAAGGAAUACAUCGUGGCACUGACAAGAGGGAAGCUUUUAAUGUGCAACGUCUGCAGGAUCAAAUUUCCGAACGAGGUCGAGUUCAAGACUCACAUGAUUGGACAUAGCCAUGGAAAACUUUUCCAGUGCGGAUUUUGUUGGAAGCAAUUCUCUAGAUCGUCAACCUUAAAGAAUCACCUGCAUAUGCAUUUUAUUCCGAAGUCUUUCGCGUGCAGACAAUGCGAGCUCCAAUUUCAGACAAAACAUUCGUUGAAGAAACAUCAAGCAGAAGCACACUUCGACAGAAGAGCGUUCGAGUGUCCUAUCUGCAAGAAAAAACUGUUGCGCUAUCAAUCGCUACGCGACCAUAAGUUGAUGCAUAUUAAUAUGACGCCCUACGUAUGUACGACCUGCAGCAAGAGCUUCCUGAGAUCCAAUAGCCUCCGGAGUCAUAUGAUCGUCCACACCGCGGACUCACCGUUCGCGUGCGAUCUCUGCCCGGCGAAGUUCAAGAGAUCGUCGGUGCUGACGACGCACAAGCUGACGCACACGGGCGUGAGAAGAUUCGAGUGCGACAUCUGCAAGCAUCGUUUCUACCUGAAAGGCGCACUGAAGCACCACAUACUGGCGCAUUACGAUAUCAGACCGUAUAAAUGUGAAGACUGCGGCAAGAGUUACAGGAGAUCUUGGGGUUUGAAAGUACAUAGAUAUCAGCAUACCGGCAUAAAACGAUUCGAAUGCGAUUUCUGCAAGCUGCGCUUCAGCGUAAAGACGAAGCUCGCGAAUCACAUUUACACACACACCGGCGAGAAACCUUACAAGUGUAAUGUUUGCGGACGUCAAUAUGGCGAGAGGUAUCAGUUGAAGGCACACAAAUGCACGGCAUUACAUGGCAGCUGUUGAAAUUGAAGAUAGCUUAAAUUUUAUAUUCUUUUAAUCGAUGUUAUCAAGAAAUCUGAUAAGAAUUAAGCCAUAAGGUGAAUGUCCCAAUUAAUGGCCAAGUAAGGUCUGUAAAAGUAACGGAUAAGAUUUGAAUAAAUAAAACUUGGCUUUUAAUUGAAACUCUUAUUAUUGUAGGAAAGCUAGGCCAUUUUAUCAAUCCAAAACCAUCGCUAAUAAUUUUGGAAUGCUAUACAUAUUCAUUAAAUAACAGAUGUAUCGCUACGAACAAAUGUACAUGUUACUGACCUAUGUUUAGCUCGGUUAGUGACCGUUGUCUGGCAUUAACAGUAUCUGAUUAGUGACCGGGAUUGCAAUAUGUUUACUUCAAGCAAAGUAUCAAGUAUUUAAAAAUAAAAAUAAAUAAAUAUGCGACUUUUAUACAAAAAUUUACCUG